AUGAACUUCCUAGAUCUCUUCCCUGAAGCUGUUGCAACUGACAUACCACCCUCCUCCAUCUUAGUUACAGAUCCAUAUUCCAAUCCUGUUUCAGAAGAAAAUAAAUUGAAAUCCAAAAAAUCUUUUGUCGAAGCCAUCUCUAAUGUCUGUGUCAUUCCUACCAGUCAGCUUCCCAUUCCCUGUGUCAAAGGAGAUAGAAUCUCGAUUAUGAUUCCUGAAGAUGAAUACCUUUUGGGGCUGGAAUCAUGUAAGCACAACCUACAUGGUAGAAUCCUCUGGCCUAAAGGUUCCACACCCUUCACAGUUCAACAACUCAAGACCAAGCUUCUGUCUUUGUGGAGUUCUCUCCAGAAAUGGGGAGUCACCUCCCUUGGCAAGGGAUUUUUCGAGUUCUCCUUCUCCAGUCUGGAAGAUGUUCGUCGCGUCAGAGCUUCCCCUGCUUGGAACCUUAACCCGGGUAUCCUCAAGCUUUUCCCCUGGACUAAAGAUUUUGUUCCAUCCAACAUGAAUCAGAGUUCUGCACAAGUCUGGGUCCGCAUUCAUGGCCUUGCCCAGGAAUAUUGGAGACCAAAAAUUCUGUUUACCAUUGCUAGUAGCAUAGGUACACCCAUUUGCAUUGAUUCAUCUUCUAACAAACCCCUUCUGGAUCGUCCUUUCGGUCACUUUGUCCGCGUUUUGGUUGAUAUUGAUCUUAUGAAGGAGCUCAGGGACAAAGUUCUUAUUGAGCGAACCGGUUUUGCAUUCUUCGUAGACUUAGAGUAUGAGAAGCUUCUGGAUUUUUGUGAUUAUUGCAAAUACCCGGGUCACACAGUUCACUCCCGCAGAAGAAAGAAAGCUGCUGAACAACAGUCCACAGUAAAAAAUGAUGCUCAACAAAACUUUGCCAAAGAUAACAAUCAGAACAAACACAAUUCUCAACCCCCCUUGAUGAAUAAAGGUAAGGAGCCUUUGAUCGAUAAGACCCCUCAGCUGGGAGCUGAAACUAGUGGAGUUCUCAAAGACAAGGUUGCCUUUCGAGACCCUAAUCUCUCGACGCCCGUGGAGAUCAGCAAACAUGUCGGACCUUCUUCUGGAGGGGUGCUGAACAAUAAUGCGAUUUUAAUUCCAACUGCAGAGAUAGAUGAUCCUAUUUUAGUUGAUUUAAAUGCGCAGGCAAAGAUUCUUAAGGCUGCUGCAGUUCUCAACCAGCUGGAGAUUUCAAGUUCAGACUCUGAGUUCGUGGUGGAAACUCAGUUGGCUGCCACAAAUAACCUGAUCGAUAAUAAUCAUAAUACUGCUAACAAUUUUCUCAAUGAUUCUUGGGAUAAUUUGGCUUCUAAGGCUCAUAUUUAG